AUCCUUGCUGUCGAACGCCAUUGCUACCUCAACAUGCAUGCUUCCACGAAUCUGCGUUGUCACGUGCGCGAUUGUCUUGCAAUUGCUAUGCUAAUCAUGCACACUCCUGGGCCGGAAACAGAAACAAAAUCCUUUCUCUGGUUUUGGAGGUGCGAUUCCUGUUGUGUGGAAGAGAAGCUUAAAACUACAAACUAGCAAGAAACACCACUGUACAACGCGGUAGUCUUGCUGAAAGAUGAAUGUCCAGGCUGCAUCCUGUAGUACAGCGCUACUGUUGGGACUCGCGUAUGUGCAGAUACACGCAGUCUCAUCGCUGAAAUGCUACCAGUGUACCAACUUUGUCGCCAGCAACGACAACCUCGGAAGCUUGCAGUCGAACGAAGCAUGCGCAGGUGCAACCUUCGAUCCGAACGGAGUUGUCCUGCAGGACUGUGGAACCGUCUUCGGCCAGACACCCAUGUGUGAGAAGUGGGAGGGGAAGUUCACCGUUAACGUUCCUUUCCUUGGAAACACCGCAGUCACUGGUCAGGUGCGAGGGUGUGCUUUCGUUCCAGUCGGUGAGUUGGUGGAUGGAUGUGCCAGCUCCACACAGCUCACAGGUUUGGCUAAAGACGCGGUGAGACUCAUAGUGUCUUUUUUUACGACCGGCGAGGUUGAAGGGACGUACUGCUCAUGCGAGCGGGAUUACUGCAACACGGCCCCUGCUUUGUCCCAGACUGCUCCACUGUUGGUAAUGAUCGGUCUUUUGUUCAGCCAAGUAUUUGUACUGUAAGGAGAUUUGCUGAAUGUACGUGACAGAUAUGAGUGUUUUCAUAAUUUUUGGUAACUAUAAAGUAGCUGCUUUAUCAUGUUUUGUUUGUCAAUGACAUGUCUCUGUUGGUCUUCAAAAUCCAUUUUUCAUUUUCUACAACUACUGUGUGUUACUGAGGCAUUCAAGUGCUUUGAGUUACCCACAACCAUCUCUCAGGUCACAGCUAAUGUCAGAGAGCCAACUAGGCCACAUUUGGCCUUUCGUACACAUUUCUCGGGAACUUGGCCCUCUCAGUCUUUUCCUCAGUGAAGUGAAGAAAAUCAGAUGAUAUUAUGACAACAAGGAUGUUUUCUUUGGGAUCCCAAAAGCCCCGUCAUUUUAAGACAUGAACUUAUCAUCAUUAGAUACGACCUUCAAAGUCUUGGUAUGAUUUAAAGGUUUGCAUAUUAACAACCAAUAUGUAAAAUGCUUUGUAUUAAAUGGUUCAUUUUUAUACACUCUUAAACUUCAAAGGAUAGACAAAAAGAAAACUUCACUUUGAUUCCAAACAACAGGUGUUACAUCAUUGUUUCUGAAAAUGACAAUGCAUGGCGCGA